AGAAGAUCUCUUUAGCUGCUGCUGCUUCUAUGGCAACUCAUCAGCAGACCCAACCUCCUUCCUCAAUCUCAGAGGCUUCAAACGAAGUUGAGGAAGCUAGUGAAGCUUCAGAUUUUAAGAACUCUGUUUUUAAGAACUCUGAACCAAUACGGGAGGAUCAGAUUCAGAACGCUAUCAAGUUCCUUUCGCAUCCUAGAGUUAGAGGAUCACCGGUUAUUCAUAGAAGAUCGUUUCUUGAGAGGAAAGGUCUCACUAAAGAAGAGAUUGAUGAAGCUUUUCGCCGUGUCCCUGACCCAUCACCAAGUUCGCAAACAAGUGUUAAUAGUCAAGAUGGACAGCAAGUAGUGUCUAGUGUUCAGCAACAAGGGCAGAUACAAGCUUUGCAGCCUGCUCCUGUUGUUAUGAUUCAGUCUCCAAGUUUGCUCUCCCGUUUUCGUUGGUACCAUGCUGUUCUUGCUGUUGGAGUGUUAGCUGCUUCUGGUGCUGGAACUGCUGUUUUUGUGAAGAAAUCUCUAAUCCCCAGAUUAAAAUCGUGGGUUCGUAGAAUUAUGUUGGAAGAAGAAACUGAUACUCUGGAGAAAGCUGAUGCAAAACCUAGCUUAGCUGAAGAAGCAGUAGCUGCAGCCAAAGCUGCUUCCGCGGCUGCUUCUGAUGUAGCCAGGGUUAGUCAGGAAAUGAUGAAAACGAAGAGUGAAGAGAGGAAGAAUUUUGAGGACUUGAUGCAAAUGUUAGGCGUCCAAGUACAAGAAAUGAAGUCUUUGAGCCGUAAUAUCCGUAAUCUAGAAGGGAAUUCCAGCAACCUCCCCAAAGUUUAUUCAGCUAACCAAGAGGUCUAUGGUGGCUUAGUCAAAAAUCCGGCAGAAAGGAGACCCUAUACAAAUGGCAGCAACAUUGAUUAUGACACGCGUUCAGCACGGUCUACUUCUCCUCCUGCACCACCAGCUGAUUCUUCUGCGCCUCCUCAUCCAAAGUCAUAUAUGGAUAUAAUGUCUAUGAUCCAGAGAGGGGAGAAGCCUUCAAACAUUCGGGAGAUUAACGACAUGCCACCCAAUCCAAACCAACAGCUACCAAAUCCUCGCAUACCUCCUAAAGCUAAGCCAUGGAACUAUGGUCAAGCGCCGCAGGACGAGAGUUCCAGCGGUCCAUGGUGGCAACAGAAGAAUCCAAGAUCCAGUGAUUUCGGUUAUGAGACAACAACGGCACGUCCCAUUGGUAUCCAAAAUGAAACAAGUACAUUGGAGCCAGCAGUUCUCCAGAAGCAACGAUCAUGGGUUCCUCCGCAACCACCUCCAGUUGUUAUGCCAGAAGCAGCGGAGGCCAUUCGCCGUCCUAAGCCACAAGCUAAGAUAGACCAAGAAGUAGGAGCUGCUGCUAGUGAUGACCAGUCAGGUGUGAGCGAUGAGUUACAGAAGGUCACUAAGUUCUCUGAAUCUGGUGGUGAUGGAUCAGGAAGGUCGCAGAUCACAGAGAUUCAAGAAGAAACAGAACAUCAACAUAUUAGCCAAGAAGGGAACUAAGAGAGUCAAUACUUUUAUGGUGUUUGCUUGAAAGAAAACAUGUAUCAAGGUCUUGGAUUUGGUUGUUGACUUUAUUUUAAAUAUAUUGAAACCUUUCUCACAGAGAAGCAGCAAGAGUCAUUACAUGCUAGUUUCUUAGCUACAAGGUAGUUUUGGCUAGGAGGUUGGCUCCUUGUGUACCGAGAUUCCACUCUUGUUUCAGUGUUUGGGACAUGUUGUUCUGCAGUAUCUGAGUCUGAGCUGUGAAGGUUGGACAAUGCACUGAGAUCAAGAUCUGGAAAGACAGAGCAACGACACC